AUGCCGAAAGCCACCACCCCUACAACGGGGCGUCGACGUGGUCUGGAAGAGGAAUACCUAGUUGGAUCCGGGCUGCUUAAGAACCGACCCAGCAAAUCGAAGUCCAAGUCGCAGCAGGACGAGGAUGAAGAACGGGAGAACAACUUUGUCGAUGCUCGCGCUAGUCGAAAGAUUUUAGAUAUCGGCCGUCAGCUUGCCGAAGAGGACGCUCCAGUGCGCCGAUCCGAAUCUAACAAUGCUGCUGCGGCCGCCUUCGGUUUCGACUCGAGAUUUGCAGGCGAAGGCGAAGAUGUAUCGUAUGAGGAGGAGGAGAUUUGGGCAGACGAGGACGACGAUAUUAUCGAUACCGUAGAUGUCGACCCGAACGAUUUGCAGACCUUUCAGCAGUUCCUCCCUCCCAGUUUAGACGACGAUCCAUUGCUCACCGAGGGGCCAUGGGCGACGACGACACAGGAGCCUUCAGGCGAGGAACGUGGCACAAGUACCAAUCUUGCAGACUUGAUUGUACGUAUCUUGAGCCCCUAUAUCGAUGAAUCCUACCGACUUCUCGCAUUAAAUCUACUCGCUCGAAUUGCUGCCCAUGAAGCCGGAGAAGACAGACCAGAAGCGAUGGAGGAUGAGGGUUUUGAGAUGUCGCCAAAGGUUGUUGAGGUGUACGGCAAAAUAGAAUUCAACGCUGACUUUUCCGUAGGACUUUUCAUGUCUCGUUACAAGUCGGGAAAGUUGCCAAAAGCGUUCAAGAUAUUACCAACCGUCCCACACUGGGAGGAUAUCAUACAACUAACAAAGCCCAUGGAUUGGACUCCAAACGCGGUCUAUGCGGCUACGAAAUUGUUCGUGAGCGGCAAGCCCGCUGUCGUAAGGGAAUUCUUAAAUAUGAUAUUAUUGGAACAUGUGCGAGACAACAUAGCAGAGACUAAAAAGCUAAACGUCCAUUUGUUUGAUGCCCUUCGCAAGGCGUUAUACAAACCUGCCGCUUUCUUUAAGGGUAUCCUUUUCCCUCUAGUAGAAAAUAACCCAACCCUAAGAGAGGCACACAUUUUGAGCGCUGUUCUCAGCCGCGUCUCCAUACCAGUACUGCACAGUGGUGCUGCCCUAAAGGGAUUAUGCGAGAUUGCAGCACGUGUGGCAUCAGCUGGGACUGAGGGAGGUGGCGCUACCAACGUCUUCAUCAAAACUUUACUAGAUAAACGAUAUGCCCUGCCAUGGCAGGUGGUUGAUUCUUUGGUCUUCCACUUUCUGCGGUUUCGUAACACCGACCCCGCCUCUGUUACAGAAGAUAACAUGAUGAAUACGAGCGAGCGCGCUGCCACACAAGCAAAACUACCAGUCAUAUGGCACCAAACUCUAUUAUCGUUCGCAGUACGGUACAAGAAUGAAAUAACAGAAGACCAGCGCGAGCUUCUGUUAGAUUUACUCUUAUCUCAUGGCCACCAUAAGAUUGGACCUGAGAUUAGAAGGGAGCUGCUAGCUGGCCGUGGACGAGGCGUUGUUGCGGAGGAGCCCCAAGGCCCAGCGCUGGAUGGAGAUGAUACCAUGCUGAUUGAUUAA